UACAACAAACCUUAAGACAAUCGAAAACGGUACAAGGGGACGCCAAUUUGGAAAAAAAAACACUGAUAGGAUAUGUUUUAUAGUCCUUAAAACCUAAGAUUAUCAACUUACAAAACCACAUAAUUCAGACAGAAAAUGAAUCAUUUCUGUUGAGAAAAUAAACCCUCUUAAAUGUGUUAACAUAUUGAUGAUAAUUAAAUAUUUUUUCAUAGACUAGUGACAAAUGUCACCAUAAUCGAUUUCCUAAUUUAAUGUUUAGAUCAAUUCUCGGAUUUGUUUACAGCUUAAACCUUUUUUUCAAAACGAUUAUUUAACAUUACAUGUAAUAUUGAGACCAGUAGCCCUUUUCACAAAAAAUCUUACGAUUUAUCGUAAGAUUUUAGGUUAAGAUUUUCGUAAGAUGAAUCUUAAGUCAGUUUCACGAACGCACUCGUAAGUGCAAAAAUAAUCGUACGAAAAAAAUUAAGAUUUCCGUCCACGAGCUCACUUACGAUUUCACUUAAGAGAAAAAGCUUCCUUAGCUACUACUUUCAUUUUGACUGCUCAUGCGUAGUUCGCAAUUUAGCGUGUCGUCUGUCAACAACAACAUGAGCAAACGGAAGCCGAACUGGAGUGUUGCAGAAAUUGAGGCCCUGGUGGGAGCUGUAACGGAAAAUAUAAGAGUCGUGAAGGGAAAGUUUACCCCCUCAUUGACGAAUGAGGUUAAGAAUCGCCAGUGGAUGGCGAUAACCGAGCGAGUAAAUGCAGCUAAUGUGUCUAAGUGUGAUCGAGAUGUAGCAGAAGUAAAGAAAAAAUGGCAAGAUUUAAGUAACCAAACGAAAAAGAAGGAGGCCAUGAGGAUACGUCACAGGAAAGCAACUGGAGGAAGUCCUGCAAUAGAAGAUGAUCUGAAAUCAUGGAAAACUCUGAUCAUUGGAACAUUUUCCAAGAGUGCCGUUGAAGGGGUGCCAGGUGGGGUUAUUUAUAUUUUAUAUUGAAGUUAUAUAUAUGUGAAUUCUUUAAGGUUGCUAUUGUCCUCAGAUGAAGCUAUAAACAUUUCACUCUGCUGUUGAGAAAUGGGUAAUUACCAUAUUUUCUUAUUAUCAAAGGACUGCACAUGAAAUGCCUGUAAUUGUUGAAGGAGGAAAACUGAGUUAUUCCCCUUUAAUUUGUCCAUGCAGUCUCUGUAUUCAUUACUCUUUACUUAUACAUGCAACAGUAUUUGUUCCUUUCUUUUUCCAAGUUGAUAGUUUGCUAUAUUGCACUUUGAUUUAUAUUUUGACAUCAUUUGUGUGUGCAUAUUGUCCAUACUCAGAGUAGAGACAAAUAAGUUCAAAAAAGAAAUAUUUGAUAAUAAUGUAAAUUGUGAAAAAAUUAUUGCAAUGGUAGUACUUUAAAAUAGAUUAAAAAUAUUUUUUUAUGAUGGAUA